AUGUUGGCCCAGUACGCGAACGAAGAACACGAGGGUAGCGUCAUGGAGAAAAGAAUGCUGCGGUGGAUAUUGGGUAACACCUUGCUAGAUUAUGUCUAUAAUGACGAAGUUCGUGCAAGGAUGAAAGUCGCUCCCAUCGUUAAGAAAAUGCAGGAAAAAAGACUGCCGCGGUACAGGCAUGUGAGUAGAAGAGAUGAAAACCACAUCACAAGAAUGGCUAUGUCUCUGGAGGUCGCUGGAAAAAGACCACGGGAAAGAGCAAAGAUGAGGUGGAUGGACAGAAUCAGAGCCGGCUAUAAGAUCAUGCCUUAA